GGACUGGGUGCCGUGCGACAAUAUGGCCGCGCCUAGGUAUCUGUUGGCGGAAGCUCUGUGACUUCCGGCCCAGAGUGGGACCCGCGGUGGGAGGGGAAAGGAAGGCGGAGGGAACCAUGCGAGGUUCUGAGAUCUGCGGUGAGGGUCGCCUCGAGAGACCGUUUCUGAGCAGGAAUUCUGAAAUCCCCAACACUUCCUCCCUCUGGGGGAUUUGAUCCCCCAUGGCCACCGCUAACAGCAUCAUCGUGCUGGAUGAUGAAGAUGAAGCUGCUGCUCAGCCAGGGCCCUCCCACCCACCCCCCAAUCCAGCCUCACCCCUGGCAGAAGCCCCUGGUUCCUCCCAGCCCCCUGUGGCUGGAGGAAGCAGUAGUUCUGGCGGCAAGAAAUGCUACAAGUUGGAGAAUGAAAAGCUGUUUGAAGAGUUCCUUGAACUGUGUAAGACACAGACGGCAGACCACCCUGAGGUGGUCACAUUCCUCUGUACCCGGCAGCAGCGUGCCCACCCUCAGUUUUUGGCCUCAGCGGAGUUCUACAACAUUCUCUCUCGAGUCCUAUCCCGGGCCCAGAGUCGGCCAGCUAAAUUCUAUGUCUACGUUAAUGAGCUUUGCACUGUACUUAAGGCCCACUCGGUCAAGAAAAAGCUGAACCUGGCACCAGCUGCUACCACCUCUAGUGAGCCCUCUGGGAAUGACCCUCGCACAGACCCCUCUUCGGACCCCACAAAUGCUGAGACCACUGCCUCUGAAGCCUCAAGGACCCGUGGUUCCCGGCGGCAGAUCCAGCGCUUGGAGCAGCUGCUGGCCCUCUAUGUGGCAGAGAUCCGGCGGCUGCAGGAAAAGGAGCUGGACCUCUCAGAAUUAGAUGACCCAAACUCCACAUACCUGCAGGAGGCCAAGUUGAAGCGGAAACUGAUCCGCCUCUUUGGGCGGCUGUGUGAGCUGAAAGAGUGCUCUUCACUAACGGGCAGAGUCAUAGAGCAGCGUAUCCCCUACCGUGGCACUCGCUACCCAGAGGUUAACAGGCGCAUUGAGCGGCUCAUCAAUAAGCCAGGGCCUGAUACCUUCCCUGACUAUGGAGAUGUGCUGAGGGCGGUAGAGAAAGCAGCUACACGGCAUAGCCUUGGCCUCCCCCGACAGCAGCUCCAGCUCAUGGCUCAGGAUGCCUUUCGCGAUGUGGGCAUCAGGUUACAGGAGCGACGCCACCUCGAUCUCAUCUACAACUUUGGCUGUCACCUCACAGAUGACUAUAGGCCAGGCAUUGACCCUGCACUGUCAGAUCCUGCCCUAGCCCGGCGCCUGCGGGAAAACCGGAGCUUGGCUAUGAGCCGGCUGGAUGAGGUCAUCUCCAAAUAUGCAAUGAUGCAAGACAACAGUGAAGAGGGUGAGAGACAGAGGAGAAGAGCCCGGCACCCCCAAGCCAGCUCUUCUCACUCUGCAGACUCUCCCAGAGCGCCCUUGGAUUCUGGUGAGGGCCCUAGUGGAAUGGUAUCCCAGGAGUGUGCUGUCACCUCCAAGACUGAGAGAGAUGAUGAAGAUGAGGAAAGUGAGGAGGAGGAGGAAGAGGAAGAGGCCACAGAUUCUGAGGAAGAGGAGGAUCUGGAACAGAUCCAGGAAGGUCAGGGGGAUGAUGAAGAGGAGGAGGUGAAAGCAGAUAAGGUUGGAGAUAAGAGCCCUGUGUCCCCACCACAGAUUUCUACUGAGAACCUGGAACCUAGCAAGGGGAUCAGCAGGUCUUCGGAAGAGCAGCAAAACAAAGGACUCAUAAUGUCACCUUCUUCAUUGUCAGAAGAACCCUUGGUCCCCUCUACCAUAGAUGCUGAAAGCAAUGGAGAACACCUUGAGGAGCUGCGCCUGACAGAAGAGAGCCCUAUGUCCCAGCUCUUUGAGCUGGAAAUUGAAGCCUUGCCCCUGGAUGCCACCCCUUCCCCUGAGGAGAGGGACAUUUCCACUUCCAGGAAGCAAUCAGAGGACACCCUCACCACUGUCUUGGAGAAUGGAGCAGCCAUGGUCUCUUCUACUUCCUUCAAUGGAGGUGUCUCUCCUCACUCCUGGGGAAACUCCAGUCCCCCCUGCAAGAAAUCUCGGAAGGAAAAGAAGCAAACAGAAACAGGACCAUUAGGAAACAGCUAUGUGGAGAGGGAAAGGCCAGUGCUUGAGAAGAAUGGGAAGAAGAUAUGUACCCUGCCCAGCCCUCCUUCUCCUUCAGCUUCCAUGACCCCAGUUGCCGAUUCCUCCACAAGGGUGGAUUCUCCUAGUCAUGUCCUGGUGACCAGCUCCCUCUGUAGCCCAUCUCCAGCUGGGCUGUCCCAAAUUCCCCAACCACAACCCUCCCGGCCUGGUACUUACAAGACAAGUGUGGCCACACAGUGUGAUCCAGAGGAGAUCAUCGUGCUCUCAGACUCUGAUUAGCUGCCUCCCCCAAUCCCUGCUUCCCAAAAUGUUCUGGUAUUGUAUUGGAGGAUGGUGGAAAGCAGAUGACUGAGGAAGGACUGGACUGAGCUAAUCCCCCUUUGGUGGUGUUUCUUAAAAACAAAAACAGCAAGAGUUGAAGUUUUACACAAAAACAUUAAUAAACAAUAAAGUUCUUUUCCUAUUGUAUGCCUGUCUU